UAACUAACAAACGGUCGGCUGGUGACACUUUAUUUCCUCCACCUCACUAAGCAUUGAAGGGCCGGGCCUAGUCACCGCGUAGGAACCGGUCAUCGGGAAACACGAGAAGCCUCAGCAAAGACUCCAAAGAGACCGCUGCGUACCUGGCCUCCCUCUCCUAAGUCGGCUUUCGCUCCGCUGCCGUCAUGAAUUAGCUAUUUAGACGGUUGGAUCGAGCGGCCAAAACGUGUGCGAAGUCAACAGCGUCGGGCUGUCUGUAGCGGACACCGCUCCGCAGCGGGACAAAAUGGGUUGCUGCCUCUCUCGGGACGGGGGUCCCAACUCCCCAUACCCUGGCGGCGCCAGCUCUGGCUCCGCCCGAGCGAUCAAUGAAGCGCCCUCAGCGGCCGGCGCGCCAGGCUCUCACGCAGGAAAUGAUGACUCCGCUCUCUCCCCUGGCUCUGCAUCACGACGGGGGCGGGGCAGACAUAGCCAACAACCCCUGGCACAGCAUAUCAACAGGCCCCUUAGACGGCAUGAAUGGACCAGUCACGACCGGCAAUGGACCCCCGUCGCCCUCCGGCGGGAACGGGUCGAGUUCUUCGACACGCGAGUCACGGGAAGGCAGGAAGUAUGGCAGACCUUGCACGCCGCACUCGAGAUACUCUGGAUCGCCGACGAGGCUGCCCGCAACGGCCAGUCGGCCCGGCGAGUGAGCGAGGACGAUGGGCCGAGCGAGGAAGACCCGGCUGUGGCUCUGGCAACAGCGCAGAGUAUCCUCGAUGCGGCCGACAUCACCCUGCCAACUGGAGACUUAUAUAACGGGGCGUACGACGCAUUUGGGAAUUACUACCAGCUUCCACAUCACAUCGUAUCGGAUCCUACAAAUCUGGUGUGGAGGCCUGGCGGGACGGAGGAUGAUGAUCUUGACGAUUCCAAGGCCGACCUUGAGGGUGAGGAACCGAUUGAGGGGAGACACGAUCCAGACGACGAGACCGAGCGGCGCCGUGAGGAGAAAGGCAAGGCGGUCGUCGACAUACGGGAUCAAAUCACCGUCAAGGCUAGGCUGAGCGAUGGGUCCAAGGACGUCAAUGUUGCCGUGGACAAGGCCGACACCGUUCGGUACCUUGCUAGGCUUAUUGCAGAGGAGGCGCAGCUGCACUCAACCAAGAGGAUACGCGUCGCCUACAUGGGCAAGAUCCUAAAGGAGAAUACCCCGCUGUUAGCGCAGGGCUGGAAGCAAGGGCAUGUGGUCAACGCCCUUGUGUUCAACCGGUAGGGACACUGUUUGCCCAGCUGCAGUCGAGGCCCCUCACUCCCAUUAGACCCUUCUACGUAUCUUCGAAGGCUCUCAUGACAUCCCUCAGCGCCUGCCUGACUCUUUCUCGGGGCUGGUUCACCAAACAGCUUGACUUCUUGUUCGUCUCGGGUGUUCACGAGAGACAAAAUGAGCUGUGCGACCUCCUGCCGGUACUUUGACCUCGAG